AUGCAUUGCAUGAAUUUUGAUAAAAAAUAAAAUAAAAUAAUACUAAAAAAUGUUCUUUCUCUCACUUUUUUUUUUCUAAGAAAACACAUCAAUUCAAGUAGGAUCAGACCACGUGCCAGAUUCCAACUCAACGGCCAAGAUCAUCCUUACAUUCGAUAAUCGGAUGGCUAGAAACACGUCUUCAAAUAUAAAAAACUUAUCGACAAAGAACGGUCCAAAACCGUCCACGUGUCCCGUCCAUAAUCGUUAUUAACACAUCAAUCCAACGGACUCAACUCAUUCGCUCCCAAAUUCGUCCUCUCUCGCACCAAAUUCAAUGGGGGACUCCGGCAACGACUCCGGUGGCGGCAAUCCAACGGCUACUACCAGCGAUCUUUCGUCACAACGAGAGCAAGACCGGCUACUUCCAAUCGCAAACGUGAGCAGGAUCAUGAAGAAGGCACUCCCGGCGAACGCAAAGAUUUCGAAGGACGCGAAGGAGACAGUACAGGAGUGCGUGUCGGAAUUCAUAAGCUUCGUCACCGGAGAAGCCUCCGACAAGUGCCAGAGAGAGAAGAGGAAGACGAUCAACGGCGACGAUUUACUGUGGGCCAUGACCACACUAGGAUUCGAGGAAUACGUGGAGCCUCUCAAGGUUUACUUACAGAGGUUUAGGGAAAUGGAAGGAGAGAGAACCGCUGCAGGGGUGCGUGAGAGAGACACGCCGGACGAGGGCGGCAGAGGUGGUAGUGGGGUGGGAAGUAUGGAUGUGAAUGGUGGUGGUGGUGGGAUGGUGGGGUAUCUUUAUGGUUCUUCUGGCGGGUAUCAUCAAAUGGGCGGGCCUGUACCUAAUAUGGGUCGGCCCAGAUAAAUCAUCGCCUUGGGCUGGGCCUGUAGAGUGUGAACUAUGAUCAAUAGAUCACUUGAUCUUGAACCAAAUCAACAUAGCUUUUUUCCUCCCCUUUCAACCGUUGGAUAGGGCCCAUAGGGAUGUGUAAUAGUGUGGAUGUAUAUAUUUUCCAAGUCUUAGGUUCUAUAUGUUAAAGUUAGUGUACAUUCAUUUGAUUGAUAAUGCCAACUUUGUUUU